GUUACAACAAGAGCGGCUUUCGGGCUUUGUUUUGUGGAUGUGAAUGAGCUCCAUCACCUCCUUCAGAAAUGUGGACGGAUAUAAGGACACUGCUACUUUUUCAUUCCUUACUCCUGAGGCUCCAUCUCUCAGAAGCAACGGAUGAGUGUGAGGAUGGACAGUUUCAGUGCAACAACAAAAGGUGUAUACCGACUAUCUGGAGGUGUGACGACGAUGACGACUGCUCAGACAACAGUGAUGAAGAAAACUGUCCCAGGAAGACAUGUGCCCCUGCAGAGUUUGCCUGCUUAAAUGGCCAGUGUGUCCCGGGACGUUGGCGAUGCGACGGGGAACCAGAGUGUCCCGAUGGCUCUGAUGAGGCAGAGGAGACAUGCAGCAAACAGACGUGCCCUCCAGAGAAAUUUGACUGUGGGGGAUCCACCAACAAGUGUGUCUCGUUGUCAUGGAGAUGUGAUGGGGAGAAGGAUUGCGAGAAUGGGGCGGAUGAGGAGGACUGCGCGUCUGACGCCAAAGCCUGCCCCAGCGGUGAGUUCAUGUGCUCCAACCGCAAGUGCUUGGCCACCGUCUACGUCUGUGACGGCGACGACGACUGUGGAGACGGCAGCGACGAGCUUAAGUGUGCCUCCCCUCUGACCUGCGGGCCCAACCAUCUCCGAUGUAACACCUCAGAGUGUGUGCCGCUCAUGUGGAGCUGCGACGGAGACCCAGAUUGCUCUGACAGUUCGGAUGAAGGCCCAGAGCGCUGCGGUGGUGACGGGGUCCCGUACCUGCCCAAUCGACGGACAAACUGCACGGCUGGGGAGUUCCGUUGUGCCAAUGGGGAGUGUGUGCGGCUGACGUGGAAGUGUGACGGAGAUCCAGACUGCAAGGACAAGUCUGAUGAGUCUGACUGCCCCCUGCUGACGUGUCGUCCCGAUGAGUUCCAGUGCGGUGAUGGUUCCUGCAUCCACGGCACCAAGCAGUGUAACAAAGUCCAUGACUGUCCCGACCACAGCGACGAAUCUGGCUGUGUCAACGCUACCAAAUGUGAGGGACCUCUGAAGUUCCUGUGUAAGAACGGAGAGUGUAUUGAUAGCUCCAAGGUGUGUGACUCUGUCAAGGACUGCAAGGACCGAUCAGAUGAGCCCAAGAAGGAGUGUGGGCUGAAUGAGUGUAUGAUCAACAACGGCGGCUGCUCCCAUGUCUGCAUGGACCGACCGAUCGGCUUUGAGUGCCAGUGCCCCACCGGCUACCAGCUUUUGGACAAAAAGACUUGUGGAGACAUUGAUGAGUGUGAGAACCCUGAUGCCUGUAGCCAGAUCUGUAUCAACUACAAGGGGGAUUUUAAAUGUGAAUGCUACGAAGGUUAUGAGAUGGACCCCGUUACUAAGACCUGCAAGGCAGAAGGGAAGAGCCCUUACCUGCUAUUCACCAACCGGCAUGAGAUCCGACGUAUCGACCUGGUGAAGAGGGACUACAGCCAGGUGGUGUCCACCCAGAAGAACGCUGUAGCUCUGGACCUGGAUGUGGCCAACAACCGCAUCUUCUGGUGUGAUCGCUUUCACCGGAAAAUCUACAGUGCCUUCAUCCAUGAGGCUAGUGACCCCUCCCAGCAGGUGCCGCUGCUGGAUUCUCUCCUGCACACCCCCGUGGGUUUGGCUCUGGACUGGCUCCAACACAAUCUGUACUGGACCGACUCUGGAGACAAAUCCAUCUCUGUGGCCUCAGUGGACGCCACCAAGAGACGUGUCCUCAUCAACACAGACCUGAGUGAACCCCGGGCCAUAGCGCUGGAUCCCCAUCACGGCUUCAUGUACUGGUCAGACUGGGGCACGCGAGCCAAGAUAGAGAAGGCUGGGAUGAAUGGAGUGGACCGACAGGUGCUGGUGGCUGAUAACAUUGAAUGGCCCAAUGGCAUCACUCUAGACGUAGCCAACAGGCGUCUGUACUGGGUGGAUUCGAAGCUGCACCUCAUAUCCAGCGUGGACCUCAACGGCGCUCACCGCAGAACACACAUCUCGUCCGCAGAGAGACUGGGACACCCCUACGCUCUGGCUGUGUUUGAGGAUCGAAUCUACUGGACAGACAGAGACAGGGCCGCGGUCUUCAUGGCCAACAGGCUGACUGGUCAAGACAUCCACACACUGGCUGAAAACCUCAACGACCCUCAUGACAUUGUGGUCUUCCACCAGCUCCGCCAGCCACAAGGCCCAGACAGCUGUAAUCUGGGCAGUGUGGCCAAUGGAGGCUGUGAGUACUUGUGUCUUAAGGCUCCACAGAUUACCGAACACUCACCCAAAUACACCUGCGCCUGCCCUGACGGCCAGGACCUGGGGCCUGAUAUGAGAGGCUGCGUGCCAGCAGCACCAAGAAACGACAUGACCCCGACAUCCUCACCUCCUACUGGAUUUACACCUGGCACCAGAGUGACUGUUGCGGAAGACUUCCCACCACCCUCAGGGGGAGUAUCACAGGCGGACGCCACCCCCCACUUGACCACAGCUCCCUUUGGUGCCCCUGAGCCUCUCACACCCCUCUCCACUCUUAAGCCUUUGUCGUCACAAGAGUCAAAGGCACUGGGAUCCCACUCCACCGCCACCGCUAUGGUCAUGUCCACCACACCUGCAGGAGACAGCAGCGUCUCUCAGCACUCUGGAAGCGAGCAUUUCCUCCUGGGCGAGAACCUGACAGUGGCUGUUUUGGGAGUGGUCAUCCCCAUCGUUCCUAUCGUUGCCACAGUGGUGUUCGGCCUGGUGUGCGCCGGAGUCUACCUGGUGUGGCGCAACUGGCGGCGCAACUCCACCAAGAGCAUGAACUUCGACAACCCCGUCUACCGCAAGACCACCGGCGAGGGCGAGGAGGACGAGAUCCACAUCGGGCGGACUGACCCCAUGGGACACCACACGCACCACCACCCGUACCCGCAGGGCGUCAACAUGGGAGUUGUAGGUGCAGGAGGUGGCACCUGCCCGCAGUUCAUCGCCUUGCCACUCGGGGGCAGCAUGCCCGAUCCGGGGACUCACUGGUACACAGAGCAGCCAAUGCUCUCCACCGCGAAGUGACCCACCAGAGCGGAUUCAGGGGGAAGAUGGCCGCUCAGGCACACGCACACACAGUGAGGUCAGGGGUGACUUGGACUGAGUUUGCAGAAGGUACGAACAACAUAUCAUCAAGUGUUACAUGCAGCCAUCCACAGCCAUGUCCUAUGCCAAUGUCCAUUUGAAAAACAGCAGAUUUAAUAACAGCAUUCUUACACAAUAGUUUCAUACCUUUCCUGUGCUGGAGCUGGAUCCACUCUUUCUCCAGUAGAUGCUGAGAAUGAAUUACAGAAUUAUUAUUAAUGUGUUGUAAUGUGUUCCCAACAUUGACCUAACCUGGAAUAUGGAGUCAGACUGGAACCUGUUAUUGAGUCUUUUGCAUUGAUAACUAAGUGUGGUGUGUGCUGUGUGUCUUAUAUUUCAUGACGGGGCUAGUUAGAGGUUCUGUUUUGUCCUUGAUGUAUUAAUUUGGGUUUUGUGUUAUUCCUGGUGGACCGUGGAGCUCUGGGAACGCUGUUUAGGGAGGAGGAGCUCUGAAACUGGGACAGCAACUGCGUUGAUGGGACAAUCUGUACAGAUUCAUGUUAGAAUCACAAAUGUCAUGUAUGUAAUCACUGGAGCUUUCUGUUGUAGUUUUCCUGUAUGUUUUUUUUCUUCAAAAUGUUUCCAUUCUGAUUGAUUUCAGAGAAAGGUUACCUGCCACGUUACGUGCUCUCUCUAUGGUUCAGAGGCGAGCCUUUAAGGGCGAGUUGUCUAACACAGUCAGUGCAGUUGAACACAGUCGAUUUGAGGGGAAAUGUUUUUAUUUGACCUCCAUCACCCCAGAGUUUUGUGAGAGUGCAGCAGGUUUGCGGACUGGAAGGAAGAAAAUGGAGACAUGCAAUAUUUAGAGCGAUGAUCGGAGAGGAUGUGAGGUUAGAGGGAAGUGGAUUUUUACACAGGAGUUGUGUCUUAUUGUGACUUGUGUAGAUGUUAAAUGGUUUGAGAAAAGCAAUAGACACCAGCGUUUAGUCAGGCUGCAGUGUUUUGUGGUUGACAAAAAUCCUUGAGUGUUAAGAAUUUUAUUUGAUCACCCACUAUUUGACUGUGACAGAUGCGCACACGAACACACACAGGCUGCAGUGAUAGCGAAUUCACGCUGCUCUCCAGAGGACGGAGACAAUGUGCACUUGCCCUCCGAAAACACAAACAGCAUGCAUAAUUGCUCACCAGCUGACAAUGCAGCCAUUCAUUGUUGCAGGCAUACAUGUAGGCACGCACACAUUCACAGAAGCAAGCUGGAUGCCACAGCCCACUCCCCUCCUCCUUUUCGAGAUGGCUGAUAUCUGAGCAGACAGUUUUGGAUAGUGCCAUGUGGGAGGGCCCAGCUGGUGGCUGCGUGGUGAAAAAAGACCUGUCAUCUGAUGUAACCACAGAAAGCAAAAAUCCAACUCUGAUGUAAUGAGGUUGUCCCAUCAGUGAACAUGUUUCAUGCCGGUUUAGCCCCGUCAUUAACACUGUUACUUCAUUCAUGAACCUUAAAAGUCUGUGUGUGUGUGUGUGUGUGUGUGUGUGUGUGUGUGUGUGUGUGUGUGUGUGUGUUUGCGUGCGUGUUCGUUAUUAUGCAUGUGAGUGCUAACGUUCAUCCCACAGCCAUAUUUGAACUGUUUUGUAUGCUCUUUGUUGCACAACCCUCUUAGAAUGCCUUCUGUAUUGUGAAUUGCAUGGAAGAGAAUCAUGUACGAAGGUGUGUGGAUACACAGGUGUGUGUGAGAGUGUGUGUGUUGUAUGUGUGUGUGAGACACUGGAGAAGCUUUGAGGGUGCUUUUUGAUUCAUUGAUUUGUAAAUAUUGUUUUCAUAAGGUUUUUGAUAAUGUAUUAUACAAUUAUGUAAAAGAAAAGAUGUACAUAAGAUUUUAGAUAAAGUGUCGACAGGUAUAUUAAUUUAUUUGUAUAAAAGGAGAGCACUGCAUUCCCUGAUUGUAAGAAAUCCGAAUUAUCCACCAAAGUGGUUUGUGUUGUUUCUUGCUGUGCACCAUUUAGCAUCCUUUUUGUGUGCAACCCCUUUUUUUUCUUUGUUAGCCCACGUAAAACAUGAUGUCCCCUGCGGAAAUACUCCCACAUCUUUGCAAGGCUUCCCAAACCUUGGUGUUAAUGAGAUGAUUGAUUUUUUGUUUAUUUGUGCCUUUUUGGUUACUUUUUCAUUUUCCUGUAGUAUUUUUCAUGAAGCGGACAGGGCUCAGCCAACUUACUGUACAUGCAAAGAUAAACUGUAUGAAGACCAAACUGGUUCCACUUUUUGAUUUUCUGUAAUGGAUUACUUUUGAAUAUCUCUAUAUAUUGAUAUAUAAAA